GAAAUGAGAGAGAGUAAAGGGAAGAUAGAUAGAUGCCCCCACUCUUCAAUCUCAACAAAAUCGUCUGCGAAACAACAUUAAAAAGAAGGAAAAAUCCCUCGCUUUUGAUUUGUGUUGAGACGAAUUUACAUUAUACAUUCGAUUAUGUCUUAAUAAAGGAGAGAGAAACAAGAGAGAGAGAGAGAUCUGAGCUGAUUCAGCUGCCUGUGAAGAACAAGAAGAAGAACAAGAAGAUGAUCCAUAGAAAGACCUUUUGGAAGCUUUUUUAGUCUUCAUUCAAGAAAACCCAUCAAUUUCUUGGAUCGAUUCAACUCCUCCAGAUUGAGCAAGAUAGUUUCACCUAUUAUCCUGAGGAAGAUUUGUAGAUUAUAGAAAUUUCUAGAGAUAUUUGGUUGAUUUUGUAAGAAAAUGUGUGAAUCCUUAACUUAGAUUUCUAAGAGCACAAAGAUUCAAAUGGAAGAUUGGUCCAAAUAUUCCCAUAGUCCUGCUCAUUUGGCUGUUGUACGAGGUGACCAUUUGGCCCUCAAGAACAUUAUCUCGGCUCUCCCUCGAUUGGCGAAGGCCGGGGAUGUUACAACGGAGGCAGAAUCGUUAGCUGCUGAGCUGGAUGCGGAUGCUGUUUCGGCUGUGAUUGAUCGCCGUGAUGUUCCAUGGCGCGAAACCCCUCUCCAUCUUGCAGUUCGUCUCAAAGAUCCGGUUUCUGCCGACAUAUUAAUGGCGGCUGGUGCGGAUUGGAGUCUUCAAAACGAGCAUGGAUGGAGUGCUCUUCAAGAAGCCGUUUGUAAUCGAGAAGAGAACAUAGCCAUGAUCAUUGCUCGGCACUACCAGCCGCUUGCGUGGGCCAAGUGGUGUCGUAGGCUCCCUCGAAUCGUAGCUUCGGCUGCUCGUAUUCGUGAUUUCUAUAUGGAGAUAACUUUCCAUUUCGAGAGUUCGGUUAUUCCUUUUAUAGGAAGGAUUGCCCCCUCGGAUACUUACCGGAUUUGGAAACGUGGGUCGAAUCUACGUGCCGAUAUGACGCUCGCUGGCUUUGACGGAUUCCGAAUUCAGCGGUCGGAUCAAACGUUCAUGUUUCUUGGAGAUGGGUAUUUAAGUGGAGAUGGUAACACGUCUUUGCCUCCAGGUUCGUUGAUCGUUCUUUCUCAUAAAGAGAAAGAAAUCACAAAUGCUUUAGAGGGAGCUGGUGCACAGCCUUCAGAAGCUGAAGUUGCUCAUGAAGUAGCAUUAAUGUCCCAAACUAACAUGUACAGGCCUGGAAUUGAUGUAACUCAGGCCGAGCUUGUACCUCAUUUGAAUUGGAGACGGCAAGAGAGGACGGAGGUCGUGGGACCUUGGAAAAGUAAGGUCUACGAUAUGCUUCAUGUGAUGGUGAGCGUGAAAUCAAGACGGGUCCCAGGUGCCAUGACCGAUGAGGAGCUCUUUUCCACAAACGAUGAACGGGGAGUAGGACAAGGAGGUGAGAAUGACGAAUAUGAUGACGUGUUGACACCUGAAGAAAAGAUGCAAUUGGAUUCUGCGCUUCGAAUGGGAAACUCAGACGGGAUUUGUGAGGAUGAAGAACGCCAUGAAAAUGGGAAUGCGGGUUCAUCUGCAAAUUCUGAAUCAAAUGGUUUAAAUAAAGAUAAAAAAGGUUGGUUCGGUUGGAACAAGAAAGGUUCAAAAACUGGUGGCGAUGAUCCUGAGGAUUCAAAGAUUCUAAAGAAGUUCUCGAAACUGAACGAUAGUCAAAAGUCUUCAUCUGAAACCCAUGGGGACGACAAUGGGGAGUCUAAAAAGGGAAAAGAUAAGAGCGGAAAGAAGAAAAAGAAAAAGGGAUCUGCAACAGAGGCUAAGCACGAGAGCGAAUAUAAAAAAGGGUUACGACCUGUUUUGUGGUUGACACCAGAUUUCCCUUUGAAAACGGACGAGCUUUUGCCUUUACUCGACAUUCUAGCCAACAAGGUGAAGGCUAUAAGAAGAUUAAGGGAGCUUCUAACCACCAAACUACCUCAUGGCAUGUUUCCGGUUAAGAUCGCGAUUCCAAUCGUGCCGACAAUCAGAGUUCUUGUAACAUUUACAAAAUUCGAAGAGCUACAAUCUUCAUCAGAGGAAUUCUCAACCCCACUCUCCAGCCCAGCUCAUUUCCAGGAUGCCAAAUCCAAAGAACCAGAAGGGUCAAGUUCAUGGAUCUCGUGGAUGAAAGGAAGCAACGGAGGUCAAUCAAACGACCCCGAGGUUAGCAGCUUUGGAGACGAAGCAGAUCCGUUUAGCAUACCGUCUGACUACACAUGGGUUGAUGCGAACGAGAAGAAACGCCGGAUGAAGGCCAAGAAAGCCAAGAUCAAGAAACACAAGAAGCAAUCAGCGGCUAGAAAUCCUGAAAACGGUGGGCGCAGAGUAGGCGAAGAUUUGGAAUAAAACAAUUGGAUCAUGUUCUUCUUCAUCAGGUUUGAAUGAGGAUGGGAUGUUGAUUUAGGGUUUAGGGUAUUGAAAUUGAGCAAGAAGGUAAGAUGUUGGUUGUUCCAUUGGUGUAAGUUGUAAUUUUGUAUUUCAAGUUUGAAAAUGUGAUGGUGAAGAUUUAAUUGGGUUUUGGAGGGUAGAAGAAUCUGCUUUCCAUGCUUGGUUAAUUCUCUUAUGAAAACAUGGUGUAUCAAUAUUUAAUUUUUUUUA